ACAGCGCUGUUUUAGCUAAAGGAGAUGAAAGCAGGAGGAGAAACAGCGAGCUUAACGAAUGACCAGGACUGGGAGCUCACGUCAGCACCGCUGCCACAGCUGUGUGUGUGUGUGUGUGUGUGUGUGUGUUCUUCUGAUGGAAGAAAGACCCGAGCACACAGAGCACCAUGGAGUUUAAUUACAACGGAGAAUGAAUUUUGAUGUCUGGAUGCGUCUCGCGCUGGAUUUCAGUGAUGAGGUGGCUCCUGUCGUGGAUCCUGUUGGUAACCGGUGGACUUAAUCAGGUCUUAUCCCAAAGUCCCACAGUCUUUCCGGUUGUUAAUACAGACCUGGACCUGUAUAACAGGACACAGUACUGUAAGUGGCCCUGCAAAUGUCCUAAGGUAGCCCCCGUGUGCCCUCUGGGGGUCAGUCUGCUCACAGACGGCUGUGACUGCUGUAAGGCUUGUGCUAAACAGCUGGGAGAAACGUGCAACGAGAGAGACACAUGUGACUACCAUAAGGGGCUCUACUGUGACUACAGUGCUGACAAGCCUAGGUACGAAAAAGGCGUGUGUGCAUAUCUGGUCGGGACAGGCUGUGAGUAUAAUGGUGUGAUCUACCGUAAUGGACAGAGCUUUCAGCCAAGCUGUAAGUACCGCUGCUUGUGUGUAAAUGGGGCUAUCGGAUGUGUGCCACUGUGCACCGAGUCCCUGCCGCCUCGGGGGUGGUGUCAGUUACCCAAGCUGGUGAAGAUUCCAGGCCGUUGCUGUGAGCAGUGGAUCUGUAAUGAGCCUCGGAAAACACGCAGGACGAGCCCUAGACAUGCCGUGGAGGUGUCUCUAAACACCAAUGAGAUCUGGCACAACAACUGUAUUACCCAGACUAGCCCUUGGAGCCCAUGCUCAAAGACCUGUGGGCGGGGUGUAUCCUUGCGACUCUCCAAUGACAACGACCAGUGCGUGAUGGAGCAGGAAAGCCGUCUGUGUAACCUCAGGCCCUGCGACGUGGAUAUAACCAAACAUUUUCGGCCAGGGAAGAAAUGCCUGAACAUCUAUCGUGAGCAUGAAUUUCAGAACUUCACCAUCUCCGGCUGCAUCAGUAAGAAGCCUUACUGGCCCAAAUACUGUGGUGUGUGUUCAGAUGAACGCUGCUGCAUCCCAUACAAAUCGAAGACUAUUGAGGUGGAGUUUAAGUGUCCCAAUGGCGCAGUGCUCACCUGGAAGUACAUGUGGAUCAACGCAUGCUUCUGCAACCUCUCCUGCAGAAAUCCCAAUGAUAUUUUUGCUGACCUGGAGCCUUACUAUGAGCACAAUGAGAUCAUAAACUGAGACUGAGAGAAGUGAUGACCACAGAUUUUCCACUUUAUAUUACAGUGUGCUCCACUAGAAUCACUGCUGCCUGACAGAAUCCUUGAUUAUAAGGCAAUUUAACCGGUCAAAGCCAGAAUCUCUCACUCAUGUGUGUUCAGAUAAUACACGUGUAGAUUCUGGGUGGGUAUUACUGUACCACAUUGAAAUUCUGUGUGUUGGAGAAAACUGGUAUGCGUAGUAUUUGAUUUUGCGUCAACAAAACCACAUUAUAUGGUGCAAGAAAGUAUUUCAAAUUUCCAAAUGGCAUACACUUUGGGAGGAUUUUUUCCCACUCAUUUGGAGUGUACUUUGGUUGGAAAAUGAUUCCUUUCAUAUAUUCCAAAGUCUCACAGAGGCACCGAAGGGCUUAUGUAAUGGAAAUACUGUAUAAAAUGAAAUAGUAUGUGAUUUUUAUAUUCUAUAAUAUUUUGAAACAUUCACAGGUUUUAAGCACACAAUUUUUAUGAGGACAUAUGUGUUUUGUUUUUACAAAAUGUAUAAAUUAUCUUCCUAUGUUGUUUCUAUGGAGUGGCACUUUCUGAAGGAUUAUAUUUGAACAAGUUAUUCAGACCUGAAAUGUCUUUGAUAUAUGUAUAUUUUUAAGUAAGGCCAAGUAUAUGUUUCCCACAUAUCUUACUAUGUUACUUAUACAGGUAGAUGUCACAUAACUUAUUUUCUAUAUUCAAAUCAAGAACUAUGUGGAAAAAAAUCUGUUUUAAUAUCCACUGAUUAAAGAGGCAGAACA